GUUUUGCAUUCUAGAUGCGUUUGGGCGCUGGCGGUACUACUGUCAGCAAUCGCCACGACGAGUUUCAUGGGCGUUUUGUGGACCCAGUAUUCUGCAGGGGCAACGGAGGUUCGCAUUCUGUCUACGAGGGUGCCAGUCCAUGAAAGACCAUUCCCGGCCGUGUACCUCUGUCCGGAAAACAUGUUCGCGUUGCAUGUUGUUCGAAGAGGAAUGAUAAAGCUCAUGAAUUUGACUGAGCCGCUCUCUGCUGACGAUGAAAGUGGAAUAUUAGCAGCGACACAGGUACUUAACAGUUUGAUGUAUCCAAAAUGGUUCUUUCUGGGGGCCUUGCUCAAAAAAGCAGUAGCAGAUUUGGGCAACAAAUCGACACUUCUAGAUUUCAUAGAUUUUGAGCCUAUUAUGCUUGAGGCAUUUCCGAAAUGUGAAGACUGGAUGGUGUACUGCAUGUGGCACGCCAGUCCCAUAGACUGCUGUUCAUCUUUUGAGUUUGAUCGUCGUGUUGACCUCUGGUGCUACGUUUUUAACUCUAACGUAUCAGAGAGGAAACGAAAACGCUUUGACUGUGACUCUGCGAUGAGCAACGACAGCAGAUGUACGCUCCGUCACGUGUCGAUGGCUGGCCAAGGGUCGGGACUUAACGUCAUCAUCAAGCAAAACGACAUGCCACAGCCAUCAUCUGGCAGCGGUGGGGUGUGGAACGGAAUAAUCAAAAAUAUGCUGAACGUAAAGCAAAUUUAUUGGAUGUCAAGCAUAAUGCCCUUCGAAGCCUUAGUCAAAUCGAAAUUAGUACUGAUGCUGUGUAAUCACAUAAGUGGCAGGAAGACACUAAAUUCUGAUAUUCGAUUUAAUCAUCAGAGACAUGACCAUUCUACAAGGAUAAAAGAGAAGAUUGAGAUACCAAAGAUUAACUCAUCGCAUUAUGGAACCCAAAGUACUGUAUCAGGCAAUCCAGAUCUAUAA